GGCCCUUCGAACCGGAAGUCUUCGCCUACUGAGCCCCGUCGGGCCUGUGCCGCCGCGAACUCCGGCGCCGGGCGGUCGCCAGGGGCAACUGGGCGUUGGACCCACCGGGGAGCCGGUUUGGCAACGGACCGGAAGUGCCGAGCGCGGCGGUGAAAUAGUCUGUUCGAGCCGCCGGGGUCACAACCUCUGAGGUCGCGAGGCUCCGGCGGGGCCGUGCUCCCAGGCCUGGGCCCUUCGGUUCGUUCGGACGUUGAUCGCCCCGUGCUGUUGGCUUGGGUGCCCGCGGGAACUGAGGUUGGGGGGGAGGGCGGCUGGCCGGAGUGGCGGAGGCGGGGUUCGAUCCGGAUUCUGGACGUCCGAGGGGCCAGCGGCUUGUGAAGGCGACUCCUCGUUGCGGGCCAGAGGGACCCGGAGUGCUGGGAAGCGGGAUUUGCGCGGCCUGCCCCGUCCGCGGCUCGCGCUUGACCCCAGCAGCCGCCUGUGUUCCAGCUCCCCUGAGCACCUGGGGCCGCCGCCUCCCACAGACCAUGUUCCUGCAGCGCCUGACUUUUCAGCUGGUCAGGUCCCUUCCCUGGGCAGGCUGCAGUCGGCCGUGGCCUGUCUCAGGGGUGCUGGGCAGCCAUGCCUGCCGGCCACCAUACACCUUGCAGCCCACUGGCCAAAGUAGGGCUGUAUCUCUUCCUGGCAAGGGGUCCCAGUUGGAGCUUGAGGAAUUGCUGGUGCCCAGGAAGAUGGCCAUCAGCCCUCUGGAGAGCUGGAUGACUGCCCGCUACCUCUUGCCCAGACUGGAUACUGGGGUUCUAGUAUCCGCUGCUCCCACUCAGCACUAUCAGUGUCCACCCAGUCAGGUGAAGGGGGAGGCUAGGCAGGGGCAUGAGGGUAUCUGGGAUGCCCCUCACAUGCAGUGCAAAAACGUGCUGAAGAUCCGCCGGCGAAAAAUGAACCACCACAAGUACCGCAAGCUGGUCAAGAGGACACGGUUCCUGCGGCGGAAGGUACGGGAAGGACGCCUAAAACGGAAGCAGAUCAAGUUCGAGAGAGACCUGAAGCGCAUCUGGCUGAAAGCUGGCCUGAAGGAGGCCCCCGAGGGUUGGCAGACCCCCAAGAUCUAUGUGAAGAAUAAAUGAGACUGUUCCUACUUGUCCUGGACAUCUGCCUGUCAUGGGGUUCUGGGCUGCCCUGGACUUUUCUGCCUGGCAUGGGCUCUCUUAAGAUGGGGGCCACUGGCCUCUUUGUUGGAGAGUCUCAGGGCCCAAGGGGUCCAGUUAUCUGUCCAUGGCCCUCACUGUCUUGCCUGACCUUGCUGAAUAAAUGUCUGCCAUAGGCAGCUGUGCACAGCC